AUGUCUCGAGCGACUAAAACUCUAGAUAAUAGUAAAAAAUCAUCUAAGAAGAGAGCGGAAUAUACUGUCAUUAAUCGCUUUUUGAGUGACUUACUAAGAAAAAAUCCUGAUAAACACCCUGCAGAUGAAUAUGAUCAUGAUCCUAUAGAAGAUAUUUCAGAUAUGUUAUAA